AUGUCUUCUAGAGCAUCAAAAAUUUUACAAACUGCAAUAGGAGAGAUGUUUGCAUCCUUUUUCUUUGGAUUUGCUGUGUAUUCAGCAAUACUAGGAUCUUCACAAAGUGAUCAAUCAAGUGCUCCAGUCAUAGUAUCUUUAUCACUGGCUCUUUCUGGAGUAGCUGUCAUCUAUGCAUUUUGUGAUGUCACAGUUGCACAUUUUAAUCCUGCUAUAACACUUGCAGCAAUUUUAACACUAAAAAUCCCAAUUAUCCUUGGAAUUAUAUACUUAAUUUCUCAAUUUGCAGGAUUUAUAUUAGCCGGCCUAGUUUUAGUGGCAUGCUUCCCAGGAAAGUACAAGGAUAAGUUAGAGAUUGUUCGACCAAAAAUUGUAACUGAUGAUGUUAGUAAGGGAACUUUAUUUGCUGCUGAAUUCUUCCUUACAGCCAUUCUAGUUUAUGUGGCAUUUUCCGUAGGAGUCAAUCCUUAUGAACCUCCUAAGGAUCAAGAAGGUGUACCAUUAGAUCCUGAUGAAGAAAUAGCAUCUGGAAGAAAGAUAACUGCUCCAAUAGCCAUUGGAUUUACUCUCGGUUUCUGUGGGUUACUGGCCCUCUCAAGCUCGGGAGGUGCAUUUAAUCCAGGCAUUGUUUUAGCUCCAAUGAUUCUCACGGGCACCUGGAGUAAUUGGUGGGUUUAUUUGCUAGGUGAGUUUUCAGGAGGAUUAUGUGGGGCUCUUUUACAAUCAUUUGUUCUUUAUAAACUGUUUUAG